CGUAAAGUGGCCGUAACGGUAACGAACCCUUGCCGACGUUCCAUCCGACGAGCUCGCUUAAUAUUAAUGUCUUCUUCAUUGUCGCUGCCAUCGACGCCUACAUUUGCUACCCCAGGUGAUCAGCCGACGACGAGUCAAACCUCCGGGGCUGGAGGUAACCAACAGCCAUCUACAUCAACCACGCUAUAUCUCUUCACAUUCUUAGCUACCCUUUUCGUUCUCCUUCUCAUAUCAGCCUCUAUCAUAUUCCGUUCCUUCCUCGUCCGCAGGCGCUUUCGUCGCCGUGUCGAAGACGCUCUCGCACAAGGAGCCUUUUUUGACCUACCACCCUCGGCGCUCGGUCUUACUUCAAGGUUCAUUGGAGAGAAACCCAGCGUCCAUGAAGCCUGGGUUGAACAGGAUCUCCUACAGGAGAAAGCCCAGUGGCAUGCCAUCAUGCCUGUCACUGCUCUUCUAACACACAGGGUCGAACCUGCUGCGGAGUCCCGAUUACCUCAUGAAGCUCCACAACAACAGCGACCCUCAUUCCUUGCGCGUUUCAAGCGACACUCUGUAUCCCCCGACUCACAUCCAGCCACGAUCAUCCGAGACUGUACCUCACCAGAUGACACCGUCUCCGUGUGCGUGCUGAUCACAAUGCCUCACCCAGAUUCCCCGAUGCGCUUUAAGCAUUCAUCGGAAUAUCCGGCCAAGUCGCAACUAAUUGACGGCAAAUAUCCGAACCUGGGCGUAACGGCAGGGAGGGCCAGUGACGAGGAAGGCGUCCCAAACGUCGUCUUUGGUGUUGCCGAGCUUCCUGUGGUUGGUGGUUGGACAGAAGUAAAAAUGGCGUAAUAUUUUCAGAUUUACACUUCCCUGAUAUGACAGACAUGAAUAGUGUGGUAAUAUCGAAUGGUAUGGACCUUUUGACGUUUAACUCAUAUUGGCUAUGCAUCAUACUGUAUUCUUGUUUUGUAACACUUACUACCACUUACCCACACACACCACUCCUAGUAUGUAUGCAUAGGAACAACAGGAAUGACUGGAUUAUUCUUUUGCGCUUUA